GGGCCGCCAUUUUUGCAAAGGGAAAAGAGACUGGUUUGAGGGGAUCUAAUUUCUAAAAGUCGCCGUUGAUUAAGGCACUAUUUUAACGGUUCUGGAUUUAUAUCUAGCUAAAUUAGGGUGCCCGCGUAAAACAAGAGACAAGGAAUUUUGACAGGAAAGGAAUUUGUGGAGGACACGUUUUAAUACAAACAUUUUAAAGCUUUGCUAGUGAUCCGCAGUGUGGACAGAAGUAUUGUUUUGGUUGUGGGAAGCUCUGUGGAAAGCGACGGGGUCUUACCCAGGUCCCCUUUUUCGCUAUUCGGGUCUUCCAAAGUGGACAUAAAACGGCCUCGUGGAUGCACUUAGAUGUCUGCAAUGACUGCUGUGGCUGGCAUGCCUCAGUGUUUUGGACUGCCAUUCUCUGGACUCAGUAGGACAAGAACUGAUCAGCAGAGAACGUCAUGAGCAUAGUCAUCCCAGUAGGGGUGGACACAGCAGACACCUCAUACCUGGACAUGGCUGCGGGCUCAGAACCAGAAUCGGUGGAGGCCAGCCCUGUGGUGGUGGAAAAGUCCAGCUACCCACACCAGAUCUAUAGCAGCAGUUCUCAUCAUUCCCACAGUUACAUUGGCCUGCCUUAUGCGGACCAUAACUAUGGGGCGCGGCCCCCACCUACACCACCAGCCUCCCCUCCUCCCUUAAUGUUGAACCGACAAGGAGAGGGGGGGUUGUUUGUGCCGGGGCAGGACGAGGCAUCCAGGGGCACUGACGCUCAGGGCACCUCAGAGGAUGGCAGCUAUUGGGCUGACAUAACCCGCUGCAUCUGUGGCUUUACCCAUGAUGAUGGCUACAUGAUCUGCUGUGAUAAAUGCAGUGCCUGGCAGCACAUAGACUGCAUGGGCAUCGACAGGCAGAACAUUCCUGAGACCUACCUGUGUGAACGCUGCCAACCACGACACCUUGAUAGAGAAAGGGCCAUCCUCCUGCAGACCAGGAAAAGAGAAUGUUUGUCUGAUGGGGACACCAGUGCAACAGAGAGUGGAGAUGAGGUGCCACUAGAGCUCUAUUCUACGUUUCAACACACACCUACCACAAUCACCCUGACUACCGGACGCCUUGGCAAUAAGCAGGCUGAUAAAAAACGUAAAAAAAGUGGUGAAAAAGAGCCUGCAUCCUCUGCUCGAGCAAAGAAGGCCUUCAGAGAGGGGUCCAGAAAAUCCUCCAGAGUAAAGGGUGCAGCUCCAGAGCAGGAUCCAACAGCCCCAUCUCUGUGGGAGAACAAGAUCAAGAUGAUGGAGCGGUAUGAGGAGGCCAACAGCAAUCAGUACAGUGAGGACGUCCAGGUCCUGUUACGUGUGAAAGAGCAAGGUGACGGCAAGAGCCUGGCAUACAACACGAAUCCAGCCUCUUUCAAACCACCUGUGGAGAGUCAAGUUCAGAAGAACAAGAAGAUCCUCAAGGCGGUGCGAGACUUGGCCCCAGACUCUCUUAUCAUUGAGUACAGGGGCAAGUUCAUGCUUCGACAGCAAUUUGAAGCCAACGGAUACUUCUUCAAGAGGCCAUACCCAUUUGUGUUAUUUUACUCUAAAUUUGAUGGACUGGAGAUGUGUGUGGAUGCUCGUAGCUUCGGCAACGAGGCACGCUUCAUUCGUCGUUCUUGCACCCCUAAUGCUGAGGUGCGACAUGUCAUUGAAGAUGGCAUGCUACACUUAUACAUCUACUCACUGCGGCCCAUCACCAAGGGCACAGAGAUCACCAUUGGUUUUGAUUUUGACUAUGGCAGCUGUAAAUACAAGGUGGACUGUGCCUGUGUGAAGGGGAACCAGGAGUCUGUGCUGAAGCACAACCAAGAACCCACAGAAAACUUGGGCUCAGGAGGUAGGCGCCGUGGGAGUCGCAAAGACAAGGAAACAAUUCGGGAGGCAGGGCAGAACCAGAACAUGGGUUUAGAUGGCGAAGCAAAGGGCAAGAGCGUAGCCGAUGGCAAGCAACGGGAAUGUCUCCCCCUUCGCCUCUCCAUCUCAAACAACCAGGAUCCUGAGUUAUAUGAGGAUCUAGAAGACAAAACCUCCGUUAGCAAUGAAGUAGAGAGGAGCAGAGAGCAGAUUGCAGAGAGGAGGAGGAAGAUGGUAAGUGUACCAAGCUAGGAGUUGCAGCUUCAUGGCUUGGAUAGGAGUAGCUGUCCUGGACUGCAGAGGGUAGAACAACGAGAAGAGAGAAAGAUGGAAGCCAUUCUGCAAGCCUUUGCCCGAAUGGAGAAGAGAGAGAAACGCAGGGAGCAGGCUCUGGAGAGAAUCGGUAGCAUCAAAUCUGAAAUCGGCGGUAGGGGUGACAUCAGAGAGCCCCCAGCCACGCCAGAAACUGCAGAUUCUCCUGCUGUUGUACAGCCACUUCUGGAGGUGAAAGAGGAACCGGGACUAAAGCCAGCCAAGGUCAAAGGUUCGAGGAACAGGAAGAGCUUCUCAAGGAACCGCACGCACAUCGGCCAACAACGCAGGCGAGCUCGCACCAUCAGUACAUGCUCUGACUUGCCCCCAAGCUCUCCAGCUGAGUCUGUGGAGCCGCUGACUAAUGAAGCCCCUGAAGGAGAGACGCCCACUGCACCAGAACCAGAGGCAAUCCCCAACCAAGCACCAGACACAAGCCCUCCACAUGGCAGCUCACCUGCUCCUGACAGAAACCGCACAGGAAGCAAGAACUUCAAAACUAAAAAGCACUUUGUGAGUGAGUGGGUGGGAGAGAAACAGCAAGACCGUGGUGCAGUGCGAACUCCAGAACCAGCUCCAGAGAGGCCACUUAGGAUAAGCAGUGACCCUGAAGUACUUGCCACGCAACUAAAUGCCUUACCAGGCAUGGCCUGCUCACCACAGGUCUACAGCACACCCAAGCACUAUGUUCGGUCCUCUCCAUUCCUGGCAAAUCGAAGCCCAACAACUCCUGGUGUUCCCACUGGGAGACGACGUUCUAGAGGAGUUGCAAGAAACACGACAACCACUGGCUCUUGCAAAAAGCGAUGGUUGAAGCAGGCUCUCGAGGAAGAGGGCUCCACCAGUCCUGCCAGACGACCCAGCCUUCUCAUGCCUAGUGACGGUCCUCUCAGCCCCUCCAUCAAUGGAGACUCAGACAGCCCUCUACCUUACAACGGCACUUGCUCAUUACCAGAGUUGCCCACACCUUUUAAAAAGCGGCGAUUAAGUCCAUUAGAUGCCUGUAUGUCUGAGAGCUCCACACCCUACGGCUCCCCUUGUGCCACUACCCGGGCAGACCAAUCAGAAAUGCCGGCAACCCCUGUUUUGUUGGCCACCCCUCCACCUAGAACAGAGGAGCCAAGUACAGAGCCCCUGCCUAGUACCCCUACACAGACAUUUACUGCCCCUCAAGAGAGUGAGUCUUCAAUGGAAAGCUCCCCAGAGGUCAGCCGGAAACCUAGCGUGCAAGAGGCCGACCGUCCUCCUUCGUUGGUCUCUUCUCCCUGCAUCAGGGCUCCUAGUUCAGACGGACUUCAGGCAGAGGCCAAGGUGUCAGUUCCUGAGAGCCCACAACCUCUAACUACUGAGUCUGUGGACUGUGUAGAGGACAGGGCUGAUGGUGGGGUUGCAGAAGGUGGCAGUGAAGGUUCCUCAUCUGCAGAAACGUGUGCUUCCUCUUACCCUGGUUGGAUAAAAAGCCCAGAGAGAGGCCCUACUGGACCAGCUGGCCUGAACUUCUCCCCAGUUAACUCAAACUUAAGGGACCUCACCCCCUCUCACACCCUGGAGCCUCUGGUGGCUCCCUUCAGGCCUGAGGCUGCAACGGGGCCCGCAGCAGGAACAGGGUCACUGGUUGGCUCUCAAGCUGCCUUCAGUGAAGGCCAGGGGCAGCUUUUUUACCCCUGCUCUGAGGAGGGAAGUACAUUAGGCUUCUCUCGCUCUCUGAAUGGAGAUGGUACCAGUGAGGGAGGAGGAUCGGCACAGAAUCCCCCACAAAAGAAAAAGGUUUCCCUGCUGGAAUACAGGAAACGCCAGCGUGAAGCUCGUCGCAGCGGCUCCAAGACUGAGUGCAGUUCUCCAGUUUCCACCGUGCCGCCCUUGACCAUGGACGCCUUUCCUGUCCCUGUGGAGACGACCAGUGAACCCCCAGUACCCCCUGCUCCCUCACCGCUCUGCAGCACCAAUACUUACUGUAAAGAGCCCCAGUUGAAUGAGGAGAUGGAGACCCAGGCAGAGAAAGGAGAAAAGGAGGGAGGAGAGGGACAGUGGACGUCGUCCACGUCUGUAGAACAGGCUCGUGAGCGCAGCUACCACAGAGCGUUGCUGCUCAGCAAAGAUAAAGACACAGAUGGAGAAACAGAGGGUGGUGAUACGCCUGCACUGAGAGACUGUCCAUCUCCAAGCCUUCAGAAGACCCCCACUCAUGCACCCUGCUCUCCCAGUCCUCCCGUCCGGACGGCAAAGGAGGAUGAGGGUGACGGUCAGCCUCGGACACCAAAUCCGACAAGUCAACCGCAGACCAAGCCUACAAGCACUAAACCGGCUCCUUUGACCCCAACAAAGAUUCAUGCAACCCCACUGCCCUCCUCGCCGGUCCACUACCCGGGUCCCUCCCUUCUUCACUCUCCAAAGCCUCAGCCUCAGGGCUCACCAUUCCGCAGCCAGAGGGCGCUGUUCUCAGCCCAGCCUCAAAACCAGCCACAGCCUCAAGCUCAGACUGGUCCAACCCCUUUCCCCCAGUACAACACACAGAAUGCUCCACCGCCUCCACCCCCUCCUCCGCCAGCACCUCCAGUUUCGACUGCCUACUUCCCCAGCCAAAGCCCCUCCCCCGCAGGCCCAUUCCCUUCAUUUAAACCUGCCGUCACACCACCCUACCCCCCUGGUUCUCAGCCCCUGAUGCAGACUCUUCCUCACAGCGUGCACUAUCAGAGCUCGGCUGCUCCUCCACCGCCACCUCCUCCACCCCCCCACCCGAUGUCUGGGCCCACCUUGCUGCAUGUCAACCUACAGCCUCCUCCCAUACAGCAGCACCAGCUCAUGCUGACGACUGCUCCGCCUCCUCCUCCACCCCCACAGGGCCAGAACCCCCAGCAGCAGCAGCAACAGCAGCCACCUCCCAGUGGGAGCACCCUACUGUCUCUUACUCCUCCACCUCCGCCGCCUCCACCUCCCCCAGCCCCUUCAACUAACGCCCAAAUGCAGCCGCACCACUUUCAGAACUUGGGGGGUUUCCAGCCAACACUGAUGCACCCCAGUGCCGCCACCAACCCUUCAGUACCCCCAUCCACGUACCCCCCAUCUCUUCAGCAGACCGGACUGCCUCCGCCUCCCCCUCCUCCUCCCCAACAGACUCAGCAAGGCCAGGCCCAGGCCUCUGUUUCCCAGAUGCCUGCCGGGACUCGUGGAGCCCCCGCAUCCUCGACCCCCUUCCACAGUUCGGGGUACUUGAGCACAGGUUGGCACUGACCGCCCUCACUGCUGCCGCCCCUGCCUGCCGCCCCUGCGAACUCAGUCUGAGAGGGGUGUGUACCAUAAGCUGUAGAUACAUUUUCUAUGUACCUGAACACAUGGCCAGUGGAAAAACAGCUGAUUGUGGGAGAAAAGGGUACUUUUUAAAAUAAAACACAAGGACAGAAAAUUUUAGAAAAAAAACGGACAGUGAAAUAAUCUUCAAGACAAACUGAGUAAAAGUGAAGAUGGAUGAUCCCCCCGGUGCUCAUUGCCCUCUCUGGCCUCGUUUUGUUUUUAUAUAUCCUUCCUGUGAUGGAGACAAAAGUUCUUCUGUUCUGUGUCUUGUUUGGACUCCCGUUGUAAGGCCCGCACUUUGUUUAUCAAUGGACAUUCCAGCCUAUAUCCCCCUCCUCUUCCUCCUUUGUCUUUUAUUCCUUUGAUUCCCUCUUCUCUCGUCUAUUGUCAGCACUCUACGCCAUUUAUUUGUUUAAUCUAGUUGCUCAUUAUAGCAAAGAGAAAGCUUUUUGUAUAGAGAAAAAAACACAAUUAUUUUUUUUAUUCCUGUCUAACAACAAAUAUCUGUUCACCGCUGCAGAUUCAGAAAAGACCCAUGCUGGGAGGCUGCACUCGUAUGUGUGUGUUUGUGUGUGCGUGCGCGUGUGUCUGAGUGUGUGCACAUGUUGGGUGUGUCGGCCUAGUGUCACAUUCAGAGGAGGAAAGUGUGAGUGAGUUUCCCUGUUACGAGUGCUCGUAGUCUUCGAAGGUAGGCAGGGUGGUGUCGCCCACAGGUAGGAUGUUAGCGGUUUAUUUUUGAAUAUCAAUGGUUAUUUGUAGAAAGUGUAAUUUAAUGUAUAGGUGGUUACUCCAGCUUUCACCAGGAACAGGUUGUACAUAUUCGCUUCUUUUCUUUUCUAUGCUUGUACAAUUUGCUUCCCAUCCCAUUUUGAAAUAUGGUUGUAAAUAUGAACGCUCUUCUUGGCAAAGCUGAAUGUUUCUGUGACUGUAGCAUUAUUUUUAUUUUAUUUUUUUCCCCUCUCUGGACUCUUCAACUUUGUCUUUUUUUAUUAUUUGUGUGAGUGUAUGUUUGUGUGGAGGGGACAGACUCACAGACACUGCACUGGUUGGCUAUUUUCAUGGUUCAUUAUAAUAAAAUCACUGUAAUGAGUUUUA